GCACGCGCGCGGGGCAGUGGGAAAAGCGCCAGUCAGCGUGUACGCGGUUGCCGUAACAACCGGCUGCAGAUUCCUUCGGCCAUGGCUUCCAAUUUUAAGAAGACAAACGUGACAUCAAGUGCCCAGCGUAAAAGGAUGAGUCCCAAACCAGAGCUUACUGAAGAGCAAAAACAGGAAAUCCGGGAAGCCUUCGAUCUCUUUGAUGCUGAUGGAACUGGUACCAUUGAUGUGAAAGAACUAAAGGUGGCAAUGAGGGCCCUUGGUUUUGAGCCCAAGAAAGAAGAAAUCAAGAAAAUGAUAAGUGAAAUUGAUAAAGAAGGGACAGGAAAAAUGAACUUCAGUGACUUCUUGACUGUGAUGACUCAGAAAAUGUCUGAGAAAGAUACUAAAGAAGAAAUCCUGAAAGCUUUCAAGUUGUUUGAUGACGAUGAAACUGGGAAGAUAUCUUUCAAAAAUCUGAAGCGGGUGGCCAAGGAGUUGGGUGAAAACCUGACUGAUGAGGAGCUGCAGGAAAUGAUUGAUGAAGCUGACCGGGAUGGAGACGGAGAGGUCAAUGAGCAAGAAUUCCUACGUAUUAUGAAAAAGACCAGCCUCUAUUAAGAUCAGUGUCUUCUUUUCUAUCACAAGCACGUGUGCCUGCCAUUGUGUGAAAUCUGGCUUUUGACAACCUAAUCUCCCCGCUCCAGACUUCACUGUACAACUUUAGCUAUGACCUUAAAUGUCUUUUAGCCUUUUGAAAGUAUUCUUUGAUAUUAAGGUUCUUUGUAAAAUGACCUGCUGAUUUUUAAAAGCAGAAAGCAAGCACAUUCAAGUGGAGAAAAGGGUCUCGAAGUUUGACCACUUGCCAUUUCACCUGCAUUGCUUCACUCUUGUCAUGCCUUUCCACACGGAUGCAGCCACAGCAUACCUGAGACAAGCACAUAGACAGUGUCACCCCAAACAGUGGUCAUUUCGCAGUGGUUCUGGUUUUUAAUUGAUACCUGACUGCAGUUUUGUCUUUUAUAAAAUAGCGUGAAUUCUUGCUUUGGUAUUUGGGUGUGUUGAUGUUAUUUAUCCUGUCUUAAAAAUAAAAACUUCUGUAGUUUAAGCUUUA